UAUUGUGCAAUCUGCUGUCCGUGUGUCCAGACCACAGCCGAUGAGUUACGGACUUCGAACCUGAAGCAAAAACAUCAUGGAGUACAACCUGAACAGAAUGAAGCUCUGCCACAUGAUCCUGGCGCUGCUCGCCAUCCCAGUGUGCUUUGGGCUUCCAUCAGUCUUCCUCAGUAAGUCUGAGGCAAACCGGGCAUUAAAGCUUCGAGUCCGACGGGCAAACUACUUCCUGGAAGAGCUGAAGCUGGGCAAUCUGGAGAGAGAGUGUCUAGAGGAGAUCUGCUCUUAUGAGGAGGCCAGAGAGAUCUUCACCCUCCCCAAACAACUGGAAGAUUUCUGGAAGAGAUACACAGAGGAGGAUCAUUGUCAGCCGGGACCGUGUCAGAACGGAGCCACGUGUGUGGAUCAGGUAAACGCAUACAUCUGCGUCUGUCCAGUGAACUUUGAGGGGCGACAUUGCGACAAAGAAAUAUUUCCACCCACUUCCUACGGAUGUUUGUACAAGAACGGCGGCUGCGAGCACUUCUGUGUAGAAAUCAGUGAUUCGACCCAUCGCUGUGAUUGUGCACCUGGAUACACACUACAGACAGACAACAGCAGCUGCAUGCCGCAGGAUCGAUUCCCGUGUGGGAGGCUGGUGCAGAAGGGUGUGGGUCCGAGGAUAGUGAAGGGUGACGUGUGUCCUAAAGGACAGUGUCCGUGGCAGGCUUUACUACAGCAUAAUGAACAGUAUAAAUGCGGUGCCGUUAUUCUAGAUUCCCAAUGGAUUCUCACCGCAGCUCACUGCGUUUGGGAGAAGGAUCCAAACAUCUUACAAGUAACAGUUGGUGAACACAUCCGUGGGAAAGAUGAAGGAACCGAACAGACGAGGAAAGUGUCUAAAGUGUUCGUCCACCCGCGGUACAACCACUCCAGCGCUGACAGCGACAUCGCCCUGCUGCGUCUGCACAGCCCCGUCACGCUAGACGCCUUCGCUAUUCCCAUCUGCCUUCCUCCCGUUAACGGCACCUUCGGACGCACCAUUGGAGCCAUUCGCAUGUCCACCGUCAGCGGAUGGGGUCAUCUGUCGCAGUCCGGUCCGUCGUCUCCGGUUCUUCAGCGGCUGGAGGUGCCGAGGGUCUCUUCAGAAGAGUGCAAGGCAAAGUCGGGCCUGAAGGUGACCAGGAACAUGCUGUGUGCCGGCUUCAUCGAGGGCGGCCGGGACUCCUGUCAGGGGGACAGCGGAGGGCCGCUGGUCACCCGCUAUAAGAACACAUGGUUUCUGACAGGGAUUGUGAGUUGGGGCAAAGGCUGCGCACGCGCUGGCGUCUACGGCAUCUACACGCGCGUGUCUGUCUUUGUGGAGUGGAUCAUGAAGACUGUAGCCGCCGCAUGAAUUCAAGAGUUUAUGAAUGUCGUUAAAGGUGAAGUGUGUUCAGAUUUCAGCCGUUCACACAGUAUACGUGGGCAGUGGAACGGGGAAAACAAGACUCGUUUUUAAAAGCUGAACUUUAAUUAGAGCACUGCGUUUUUAGAAAAGCCUGUCACGCACAAGACGCUGCAAAAGACACGAGAUGAUGGCAUGUGUCAUGACAUGGAUUUUAUAAUUAUUUGAAUUUUACUUAUAAUGUUAAUAAAGUUUUUUGAACAAGAAAACAAAUAAAUAUGAGGGAAAAUGUUAUUUUCAACCCUCACUCUGAAACCACCUGUUUUAAGGGGCGUGUCCUUUAAGGCUUGUUAUGAUUGGCUAACGUAUCAACGCCCCCUCGCUAUUGCAUGUGAGUGUUUCGACAACAUGAUUAAAAUAAAAUGGUUAUUUCCAGACAAAGCAUUCUGAAUCAUUUUCUUCGGUUUAUGAUGCAGCUCUAGCUCCGCUUCAUCUAUCAACGAAUGAUUCUUUGUGACUCUCCGUGACACUGAGCCUCGUUUACAAAACUAAUCAAGCUAUGAAACUUGCAGGAUGUUUAGAUGGUACAAAGACCUCUUAUGUGCCAAAAGAUCAAAGCAAAUUUGAUUUCUCGUGUCAUGACUCCUUUAAACAAUGGAAAAGUAUGGCAGUGGAAUGGAAAAACGUGUUUAGUGUGAACGGCCCCUAAUUCCUGAAACACUUUCACAACAUUGAUCUGUUUGAGCGGCCGACAUGUUAACAUCUAACCAAUCAUGUGAGUUUGGGCUGGACUUGGAGGAAAAACAGGUAUUGGAAAAUGACAAAAAAAAAAAAAUAACAAUCUUGUUAUUUUUGCAUUUCAGUUUGCAAAGCACACUUCACCUUUAAAGACACAUAAAGACACAUGUUAGUGAAUAUACUAAAAGAUGGCAGAACGUGAAAUUAUAUUAUCUGUCACUGGAACAUGCACAUACAUAAACACAAAUAAACUCUUUUAAAUGCU